GUUAACUCUAAUGGUGAUACAAUGAACGCUAUGAGAACAAAAAUUACGUCUAUGAUGCACCCUCGUACAUAGUACUUCUUGUGUGGCUGAAUAUCUGAUGACUUAGAGAAUGAUGAUGAUGACGAUGAUAACAGUGAUGAUUGAGUCGGGUUAGACUCACACUCAAGAAACCGGAAGAAUCAAUCAAGGCAGCCCAUUUGCCGGAAAUUCAGUUAUGAUUAAACAUUCGAAAGGUAAGAGAGCUCGACUUUACCGCUGUCCGGGAAAUAUACCCAGAACCAUAUAAUGGAGUGGCGUAAAGUGAGGAUUCAGUCUCUGUAUCGGUUUACACCCACAAUUUACACUUGAUUUCUCACAGGGACCUCCGAAAGGCGACAUGCUUCUACCUGUCUGUUGAAACUGGUUCACGCUAUUUGAACUCUGUGAAAAGCAGGUUUACAAUACAAACAUUGUUUCAUGGCAUAAAUGCUGACCUUACCAUAUUUGUCACGUCUGGAUGACCGUGCGUUUUCUAUCAUUACAUAAUCUUUACCUUCUUGUAUUUCUGAAAUCUUAAUGCUGCUGUACAUUAGUUGUGAGUAUUUUCCGAGCUCCUACUUGCUGACAGCUAAAAUUUUCAACAAAUGUUUGAUUGAUGGACAGUCGACCAAAAAUUACACUCUCCGAUUUUAUUCCACGAUUUCUCCUCAUUUUUCGUCGUCUACUUCUUUCUCAAAGCGGGAGGUUCUUGCUUGAUGUCUAAUAUCUAAUUAGUUGUCGUAAAAUUCGUUACUUCUCGGAAAUUUCGUUGCUAUUUCAGUUUCGUGAUAACUCGUACUUUGGUCGGGCAGGUUCCCGCCAUCGAAAUUACUGAAAUAGAUAUGACACUUGUUUGGUGUGGCCUUACUGUCUUAGCCAAUCAAAACCAAGGCCACCUCAAUAUCGUCACUCGUAGCAUCGUGUUACAGCCAAUCAAAUCCUUUGUUUUUCACAAAUACCGAUUCCACGUGCUCAAAGACAGCGUUGAAGUUCCUUUCAAGCGCUAAACAAUAACACAACGUUGUGUCAGCAGUUCACAUUUGUGUACGCAGAAGUUGGACGCAAAGUUCCUCCUUUUUUUCUCCCCUCUGAACGGUAAAAAAACUAUGCCUUCAACGAAAAACUACUACCACGGAAGUCUAUGGAUGAAAAAAGGAGAAAACGAUGGAAUGGAGUCGGUGAUUUCAGAUUUUCGAGACCUGCUUCAAGUCAACCAGAAAAUCGAUGCGGAAGAAAUGAGAUAUGGUGAUAUGUUAGACUGUGAGCGUCCUUCGGUGGACGAUUCAGAAAUAACUCUGCGAGCUUGCAUAUGUCCUACGGCAGAUCCAUUGAGGAAGUCUGCGGCUUCCUCUUCGUCCUACAAUUUACUGGUUGAGCUCAUCGAGCAGGGAAAUUUGAUAAAGGAAGCCGUUCGGAGGUUGAAGACCUCUCCCUGUCGGAGUAAACAGUUGAAACGGCUCGACCGCUGCAGAUAACUGGAAAUCACUGGGGUCACAGGACACGCCGACGAUACAAGUUAUACUAAAAAUGAGACGUAUUUUGAAGCAUUUGAAUAGCAUUUUCCAUCUCCGAUCUACCACAAAAAGUCGCAUUUCUCGGAAAACUGAGUUUUGCGGUUUGCAGACUGCUUUUGUUUACACUUUGAAUGCUCUAGCGAACGAAGUUACGUACUACGUAAAAACAUUUGAGCAGUCUGGUACAUUUGUUAUCCUGAUAAACAUUUAUGACGGAACUUUCAUUUGGAAUCGAUGGAAAGCGAGCAAGACAAUCGUAUUUGAACUAUUACGUGCACAGCGGCAAGAUUCAGUGAAUGUCGCCAUUCAUUCUCUGCGCAGACCGGUUUCCUGCAUAUUAAUGAGUGGUGUUGAACAAAUAAACAAUACGUUAAACAGUCAAGUAAGGUUUCGUCCCGAACAGAGUACUACGAAUAUAUCAGUCGCGAAGAUUUAUAUUUAAUAAGAACUGAUUAUUGUAUUUUGUUGUGGUGUUCUCACAGUGACUUGGUUUAGGACAAACCGUGUAAAUGUCUCAGAAAGAAUUCAUGGAACAGUAAUGUGCGUCACAAAUAAAAUCGAGUAGGCUUAAUCAGUUUCAAGCUGUUUUCUCUUAACCUUUAAACGUAUUAGUUGGAGAAUAAUAAACAAACAGUUUAUU